UUACCAGUCAUUUGUUACACCUGAUUGUCAAAUGUUUGCUACUCCCAAAAUUCACGUGAUCUUGUAAAAGCAAAGUUUAAUUUUAUUUUUUAGCAAAAUGGCUCUUUAUUAUAACAUUUUAAUUUUUGUAAUAACAGUAUUAAGCAUAAACCUUGUCAGUAGUGCAGAAUUUGUACCUGUUUAUAUGUGGGGGACUACCAAGUUGUCAGAACGAGUACCUGCUUUGCACAAAAUCAGUCAAGAUUCGUUUAAAGACACCCUUUUGGAGUAUUUGAAGGAGGAUCCUUACAUAAUUGUGUUUGUGGAACCCACUUUGAGUCCUGAAGAUUUUGCUCAACAUGACCAAAACGGGGAAAUCGCAUUUCCGAAUCUCCACGGUUUGAAGAAACUUAGAAGUCACGUUGCUUACAAACCUUAUGUACAAAAUCCAGUUAAAGCUGUUAAACAGCUUAAUAAGGAAGUAACAGAACUGUCUAUUGGAUCUCUGUUGAGUAGCUCUAAUGUGCCUAAAGAUAAUAUUUUGAUCAUUGAUUUGAACGAUGCCAAAGAUGAUGAACCUCGGUUUCAUAUGCUGAAACGUCACGACUCCGAUAUUGUUUCAAUUUAUAAGGAUAUCCUAGAACAACGCAAUAAUGUUUUGGCUAUAUAUACGGCAAAUCACACUUCUUGGAUAGCCCCUGAGGACAUUACCCAUUCCAGAUCCAGAAGCUUGCUACAGUUAGAAGAUUCAGAAGAAAAGAAAGAUACUGGUAUCAGGUUUUCCUCAGCUCACCUUUUGCUGUAUUUGAGCGACAAAGGAUCAUAUAAAGUGAAUAAGGAUACGUCUAACAUCACUAUUGAUAACAGUUUUAUGCUGUCGGAAACCAGCGAUAUGGAUAAUAAGGAAAAUAUAACAGCGACUUUAAGCGGCAGUAGCUUGUCUAUUAAUUUUGCUAUCAAAGUUAAUAAUGUGUCGGGAUACUGGUAUUUAACAUCAAUGAGUGUUAAAACAGAUAAAGAGAACCAAUUAGUCGGGAUUAGUGAUUAUUUCGCACCUCGCGAUUUUUCGUACCAUUGUUCCACAUUUAAUUUAUCAACGGUGGAUAGAAAUGCAACAUUGUCUCUGCCCGGAUUUCAGAUUCAACCGUUUCCCAAGAAUAAUACAUUUGGGGACGCUUAUGACUGCGUUGGAUUUACAUCAGUUCCUAUUUGGUCCGGUUUGUUUGUAACAAUAAUUCUGUUGUUAAUCGUCACUUUUGGUCUUACUAUGAUGAUGGAUAUUAAGACUAUGGACCGAUUUGAUGACCCCAAAGGCAAAACGAUUACUAUCACUGCUUCUGAAUAAUGUUGGUGAUAUUGUGUAUUAUUCAAUAAUCACCGUUUAGUUACGUCUUCCACACUAUUGCACCUGAACAGAAUUAACUUCUGGUUGGUUUUUGUGAUAAAUUAAAAAAAUCGUUUUUGUUUUACCAUCCAUUUCUGUCAGGUUGCAAUACUGGGCUUAACUGCCAUGUGGUUUGUCUUCAAUUUUUAGGACCUAAAGCUUAUUAUACAAUGAAAAUACUUCAUCAACGCGUAACUAACAAACUAGUGUCCUGUAGAAAGGAAGACCUAAUUUAUAUACACAAUUUAUAUUAUAUGUAUAUAUGACAAUAGUAUUUUUAACAUGUUUUAAAUUUCAUAUGAAUGGUUAACUGUUGUUCAGGUAGUUGUACAAUAAUUGUUAAAAGAAGUAGCCUUGACGUUGUUAAAAAAAUAAUUAAGCUUACCUUAGGUUGGCACGACAGUGCACACUUUAUACACCCCAAUUGUCCUUAUUUGUUAAUAUGUUAUAUAAAUAGAAUAUACAUAUUUUGUAGCCCUGUUAUUGUAUAGUAUUGUAUUAUACGUUAAAAGUGACCUUAGUUCCAUUUCAUUCCAGAAAUUUCAUCGUCAUUUUUAGAAUGAAUAAGAACGAUUUAUUUUUAAAUGCAACUAGACUUGGUCUGUAAUUUAAGUUAAGGGUGAUGGGAUGUUGCAGUUUACCAUUGUAAAUACUUAAGAUUAAUUUCAUUGUCAUAGUAAUUAUCAUGUAAGACCAAAAAUGUAGAAAUGCUGUUAAUAAAUUAUACCAAUAGUGCUA